AAUCACGGAUGUAAAUGAUCACUCUCCUAGUUUUCCUGAAAGGGAACAGAUAUUUGAAAUAGCUGAGCACACAUUACCAGGAAAGCGAUUUCAACUGCAAUCUGCACGCGACCCGAUAAUGGAGUAAACUCUAUUCGUACGUACACUUUAACGUCAAAUGAACAUUUUGAAGUAGAUAUCCGCCAAAGCGAUGAAGAUAAAAUACCAUUUCUAGUGCUAAAGAAAUCGUUGGACAGAGAACAAAAGAACAAACACACGCUGCUGGUUACUGCAGUUGAUGGAGGUAAACCUCCAAAAUCGGGCACACUUAAUGUGUCUAUUAUUGUGCUGGAUAGUAAUGAUAAUCGACCGAUGUUUAGUCAGGAGAUUUACCACAUUUCAAUACACGAAAAUAUUGCACUCGGUACUUCAAUAUUUAAAAUGAAUGCAACGGAUCCAGACGAAGGCACAAAUAGUGAUAUUGAAUAUAGCCUAGGAAAAAUCUUAAAACGAAAAAUCUAUGAUAUGUUUGAGUUGGACAAAUUAACUGGAGAUAUUACAGUUAGGGGAAAUGUUGACUAUGAAGAAAACGACGUUUAUAAACUGGAUGUUGAGGCGUCAGAUAAAGGAACACCUCCACUGACAGGUGAGUGUAGAGUCGUUAUAAAGAUAUUAGACGUCAACGAUAAUACACCGGAAAUAGAAGUCACAUCACUCGCAGAUACAGUGUCUGAAGAUUCAAAACCGGGAACAAUUAUUUCCCUUAUCAGCGUAACGGACAAAGACUCCGGUGUCAACGGAAAAAUAAUAACAAGCAUAACCUCAGACGUUCCGUUUGAAUUAAAGCCCUCCUAUAAGGAAAACACUUACUCGGUUGUCACUAAGGGAUUAUUGGAUCGAGAGCAGGUGUCACAUUAUGAAAUAACAAUAAAAGCCACUGAUUGUGGUGAACCUCCCUUAUAUACAUUUAAAACUCUCAACAUUCAGAUAUCAGAUGUAAACGACAAUCGUCCUCUUUUCAAUAAAACGCCUUUAGAGUUUUAUCUCGUAGAAAAUAACAUUGCCGGAAAUUCUAUAUUCUCUGUAAGUGCAACAGACAAUGACUUGAAUGACAAUUCAGCUAUUUCGUAUAGUAUAGUGAGACAAGGCAGUCAAAAUGACUUAAUGUCUUUCCUAAAUAUCAACUCUGAAACUGGAGAUAUAUCAGCGCUAAAAAUCUUUGACUUUGAGACUCUGAAAACGUUCCAGUUCCAAGUUGUCGCCACAGAUUCUGGAACUCCGUCACUAAGCAGCAACGUCACAGUGCACGUGUUCAUUCUGGAUCAGAACGACAACGCUCCAGUCAUCCUGUAUCCGGUCAGCUCUAACGGUUCUGCUGAAGGUGUGGAGGAGAUUCCCCGCAAUGUGAACGCAGGACACUUGGUGACUAAAGUCAGAGCCUAUGACGCUGAUAUAGGAUAUAACGGCUGGUUACUGUUCUCACUUGCAGGAAGUUACUGCCCACAGUCUCUUUGGUUUGGACCGCUAUACAGGACGGAUCAGAACACUUCGCUCAUUCACAGAGACAGACGAGGCUGA